UCGGGAUAGCUUCACGGCCUGACUCGACCGGCGACUCUCCACUCCCCUGUCAUGCGGCCCCUCGCCGUGAGCUUGAGUUUGUUGCACUGAUGCUCGGCCUACUUUAUUUCCUUUUUGGGAUGGCCAUCGGGCUGGCCGUCCCCCUUGUCUCGGGGGCUCAGGAAGUAUAAGGAGCAGAUUCCCUCGUGUUGAAUCUGCUUCCAAGUCAUCAAUCGUGCGACUUUAACUCAGUUGUACUUGUCAGCACAUGUCUAUGCCCCAUGGCUCUAAACCAACUUCCCUCCGCACACGACUGUUGGCAAAGCUCUCCGUCGAUGGACUGGUCCGAUCAGUCGCCCAUCGCUUCCCCCAGCUAUUCCCCCGCAAAAUCUCUCUGGCUGGACACUGAAUUUCAUUCCGAGGCGACCCCGAUCGACCUCGACAGCUGGUACCCACAGUAUCUGCGUUGCACGCAGUAUUUCCUCGAGCAAGGUCAAUUUGCACCGGCAGUGCAGUCGCUGGCUGCAUUUCUUAACAUUCGCCUGCCGUGCCAGCGGGUGGAGCGGCAGACCUCCUCGGACGCAGGGGGCCAAGAAGCGGCAGCUCACGUGUUGCUACGGCGGUACAUCCGCCGACUCGUGGUGACCGCGCACGAUAGUCCCGAGGUACUGAUGGCCUUCUUCGGAGCGGAGUGGACGGGCGGGGUUGGAUGUGUAGUCCAACAAGAGCGGCAGACUUACCUGUUUACCGCGAAGAGCAGCGGCUGGGCGGCGACCAAAGCGGCGUAUGAUCUGUUGCCGGACGAGCAGACGCCAUUCCUGCGGCCGCUGCGAGCGCCGGCGGAGGAAGAGUUGCGGCUGGCGGAAUCGCGGUGGAGUGAUUGGAAUGGAGAGAAAGAAGAAGAAGAAGAAGAACCCUGGCUAAUAGCCUACACGGAUCUAUUCGCAGGCCGUGAGACUCAGGUGGUAAUCUACAGCAGCGAAGAAGCGUCCGCCUCGUCGAAUGAAGGGGAUCAGAUCCUCUCCCUCCUCACCACGCCAACCAACCCUCAAAGGGUCCGCGCCCAGCUCCUGGCCUUGUUCCGGUAUAUCAAAACCCAUUUGCUACCGGUGUACACCGCGCAUCGCGCUUCCGAGGAUGCGGCGAAGGAAGCAGCAGGUGAUCACCAACUCGCCCCGCCCCCGCCGCAGGCCUUUCUAGUCGGGAAUCUGCACACGGGACUCUUUGCUUUGCUUUUCGCGGGGGCGUUCGUCCCCGGGAUCAAGAUCCAUCGAUACGAUCACGCGCCGUACGUGAAGUACCUGUUCGGGUCGGAUGUGGUGCGUCGUGGUGGUGGUUCGGCCAGGACCGAUAAGACCGAGGCGUCGAACCACGCAGACAACCUCGAUUUCCGCUUCCAUACCCGCUCCGGAAAGCAAGGCGUCCUGCCUCGGCACUUUGCUCUUGUGCGCAGUCGGACCGUCAUUCAUAGGUCGGAUGCUACGUUGGCUGUUUUGCCUGGGGCGGCGGUUUAUGUUGAUCGUGAUGGCUGUGGUGAUGAGGAUGGUGAGAAGAAAGGGGAGGAAGAGGAGGAGGACCCCGUUGCGUGGGCGUUCCUCGGUCCGGAUGGGUCGUUGGCGACUUUGCAUGUUGAAGAGGAGUAUCGGGGCCAAGGGCUGGCGGGGAGAGUGGCCUCGGAGGCCAUGCGGCGUGGGAUGGUGGAGGAUGAGCGGUGGAAGGAUUAUGGGGAGUUGCUGGUGCAUACGAAUGUGGCGAUGGGGAAUGGGGCUAGUCGGCGAGUGAUGCGGAAGUUGGGGGGGAGGGUUGGCUGGACGGUUACUUGGACAGUUGUGGAGGUUGUAUAG